AUGUCAUUCGAGGCAGAGUCCACACUCCAGGAGCAGAUGGCCGGGCCGUCUCGUCCUCGCUUCACUGGAUGGCUCACGAUGGCCCCGGAAGUCGACCCGACCCCCGCUCCGGCCGCUCCAAGCGCUCAACCCACCGUGGAAACCAACAACGCCACCGCAUCCGGCUCAUCAUCAGCACAACCAGUCGCGUCCACACAUGGAUUCGGCUACUUGGGCCAGCAGAUCAAGCUGCCGCAGCGAAAGAAGCGCCGCGCUACCUUCCAAGUCGGCUCGCCCGGCCUUUCGGAAGACGAAGGCGGAAGCGCUUCGAGCAGCCUCUCCUCGCAUGCCAGCUCUGACGCGCCGGACUUCGAUGUGCGCGCGUCGUUCGCACCCAUGCCCGUAUAUGGCAAGAAGCCCAAUGCCGCGCCGUUGUCUUCCUACCAAGGCGUCGGCGAUCAGGGCCAGGCAGGCACUGUCAAGCAGUCCGGGCUUCACAAUCGAGCUGUCGCAGAUACACAAGCGCAGCAAAGCAGCAGCGACGACGAGGCGGACGGUCUGUCAUUCGGAGGGCGACGAUGGAAGGGCAAGACCGUCCAUGCGGUCGAACUCGAGCUCGAAGCGUUGCGCGACGAGAGGCUCAUGAGUCACGCUCCUGACGCCGCCUACCUUGCCUCUCGACUCGAAGGUGUUCGACGCAACCUCGAGAUCGAAGAGAGGAAGCCAAGCUACGUUCCUUACGACGAAGACGUUCUCACAGAUGACGAGGAAGUCGCCUUGGCCCCAGACGCCUCAGACGUGGUUCGACAGCUCUAUCCUUUCCAGCAUCCGCACGUUGGCCUAGGCGAUGCUCCUCCGAUGCCGCAUCGACCUGUCUCGAACGCAUCAUCCGUCAGCUUGGUCGAGGGCGAGACACCGCACGACCUCGACUUUGGUCUGCAAUUCGAAGGAAGCGCACCCAUCGAACAAGCAUCACAAGAAAUCAAGAUCCACGACCCAGACGAGGUUGCUAUGCCUCCUCUCCCGGCGCACUUGGCUCCCCACAGCGCCAAACAAAUCGACCCAGCAGCGCGAGCUGCGGCACUCGACUCACGCAUCGAAGUACGUGCGCUCCGCCGCGGCGAUUUGGAGCAGGUACGAGACCUGCACGCCUUCCACGGCGAUUCAGACAGAGUAAGUCACCACAUGGCGUCCCUCACGCUUUCCAGCUGUCCAUUAUCGUCUCCCGUCGACUCGACUAUCAGGGGCAGCCCCAGCGGUCCCAUGGCACACCUUGCAGGCGGCGCGCCUCGCGCCAACUUUGAGAUCUCAAUCGUGGGCGGAAUCGCGCUGCCCAGGCGUGCGCGAUUAGCGCCAAGCUCGCCUGAGCUGGAGGCACAGCCGCGCGCUCGAGCUUGGCCGAUCCGGCGCACCGGACUGCGAUCUGGCCCAGCCGUCCCGCAGCGCUUUUUUUUUGAUCCAUUUCCCGCUCUCCGCCCUCCGCUCCCCGCGCCCCGGUCCUGGCUCGGCCCUCGCGUGCUCGAGAUUGCCGCCCCCAGAUCCUCGGCCAUCUUUCGACGACGCCGCCGGCAGGGUCUCGCCAACCCUUCCCUCGCUCAGAGGUGUCGACACCGGCAUUCUACGGCGCUGCUUACGUUGUUGUUGGCUGGGGAGAGUCUGGCAGCCAGCGGAGUGGAUCAUGAACCGAGUUCUCCGAGACGUGUAGCACCAGUAGACGACCGGCAUUCUCGUCAUUUUCCGACCGAGCUGUCCAGGUUCGCCGAUGGACCGGCGAUGCGUCUGGCUCCCGCCACGUCGUCGGAUCGGACAUCUCUGUCUCCGGAUCACGGCGAGACAUACACGUCGACGGCGUCGUUCCUGCUGCGGCUGCUGGUUGAUGACCGGCACGUGUGUCUGGUGGCGGUGGCCAAGCCCAUCCCGGAGCCCGCGGCGCCGCUGCCUGCGGCUGCCGAUCUGGUCGGACUGGCAGCUCGCCGUGGCGAAGAGGCAGACAGCCUUCCUGGGUCGCCGCAGUCGACGUCGCCUGCCUCGCUGUCCGCCAGUGACGACGAAGCCAGCACGGGUCUGAAGUCGCUCCAGCUCGAUGCGGCGCGGGCGGCCGAGUCGUCGGACCAGUCGAGUCUGUCAUCGUCGCCGGGCCACGGAGGACGUGCUACGACAUCGUCGCUCUUCUCCGCCGUGGGGCCAGGGGCUGGACUAGUGCCUACUGCGCCGCACACGCGCAUGAUCAGCCCGCGCGGCCGCGACGGCCGCAUCAACAAUACGCCUGCCACCUCUGUGUUUUCCGACAUCUUUGCCGAGCGCGGAGCGACGGUGCACAAGCCUGUGCUCGCCGACCUGCCCGGACCGACAGAUAUGGCGUCUGCACCCGUGAAGAAGGUCAUGUCGAUCCCGCCGCCUCGCGGUGCAGACGCACGCGCUGUCGAGGCCGAGACGAUCCUUGGUGUGGUGUCGGCGCACCUCAGCGUGGUGGCCGCUCCGAGCGAAGACCAUCUGUGGUUCGGCGGUGGAUCUGGCAAAAAGGCGGUGGAGGAUGCGAGUGCGUUGGUGGAUGUGCAUGUGCUUACGCUUGCUACGGCGCCCGAGGAGCGCGGGCAGGGGUUGGGUGCUAAGCUGCUCGCGGCUCUGCAUGCAGAGUGCAUGCACAAGGCGCGACACAUGGCGAUGCGCAUGCGCAACCCACGCGCCGUACCCGUCGUCGCACCGCUCUCACCACGCUUUAUCGACGAAUCGACGCUCAUGGCUUCGAUGGGCGCGAGUGGGUCAAAGUCUCCCUACCUUCGUGGGGUGGUAGGAUGCAGCCUGGCGCAGCUACGUGAUUCCAAGCCGGGAGGCAAGUACUUGGCGCGCACGUUUCUCGAGGUGCAUCCGUCCAACAUGCAUGCGAUUGCGCUGUACCGCGCACACGGCUUCCAAGCGCCCGCAGACGAUACGGCGGCUGUUAAGCGUGGCUUCUACCGUGGUGACACACGCAUUGCCACCGCCGAACGCACCAAGCGCGGCGGAACAGACGCCUGGAUCCUCCAGCGUUUCGACGGUCCCAUUCCCUAA